AGUCGCGACGGCGCGCUCGUUUCAAACAGACGUUACUUUCUCUCUCUGAGCAGUCACUGAUUACCGUUGUGUGCGUUGUGCCGCUGUUGCUAAUGCUGUUGUUAUUGUUGUCGUUGUGAUACACACACUCUCUCACCUUUGUCGCUCCCGCAAUUUUUGACGUUUUUUUUCGUGUGUUCUUUAGUGUUGAUCCAACGCGAGGAAGAAGAAGAAUCGUGAAGCAAGAAGAAGCGAAAACAAACUGCGAUUGCAGCACAAAAACAAUAAAGUGUGAAGACCAUAAUAUCCUGGAAAGAAAACAUUUCGUUUCGAUAAGUACGACAAGACACGAAGCUACAAAAUGUCUCCAAAAGCGCUAAAUGUGCGCGUCACGACAAUGGACGCGGAACUGGAGUUCGCCAUCCAGUCGACGACGACGGGCAAACAAUUGUUUGACCAGGUGGUGAAGACGAUCGGCCUGCGGGAGGUUUGGUUCUUUGGACUCCAGUACACCGACUCCAAGGGCGACUCCACAUGGAUCAAGCUGUACAAAAAGGUGAUGAACCAGGACGUGAAGAAGGAGAACCCCUUGCAGUUUAGGUUCCGUGCCAAAUUCUAUCCCGAGGAUGUGGCCGAGGAGCUGAUCCAGGACAUUACCCUGCGUCUGUUCUACCUGCAGGUGAAGAAUGCCAUACUGACCGACGAGAUCUACUGUCCGCCAGAGACAUCCGUGCUGCUCGCCUCGUACGCCGUCCAGGCGCGUCAUGGUGACCACAAUAAGACCACCCACACAGCCGGCUUCCUGGCCAACGAUCGCCUGCUGCCGCAGCGCGUCAUCGACCAGCACAAGAUGUCCAAGGACGAGUGGGAGCAGUCGAUCAUGACCUGGUGGCAGGAGCACCGCAGCAUGCUGCGCGAGGAUGCCAUGAUGGAGUAUCUGAAGAUCGCCCAGGAUCUGGAGAUGUACGGCGUCAACUACUUUGAGAUCCGCAACAAGAAGGGCACGGAUCUUUGGCUGGGCGUGGACGCACUGGGCCUGAACAUUUACGAGCAGGACGACAGGUUGACGCCGAAGAUUGGUUUCCCGUGGUCCGAGAUCCGCAACAUUUCGUUCUCGGAGAAGAAGUUCAUCAUCAAGCCGAUCGACAAGAAGGCCCCGGACUUUAUGUUCUUUGCGCCACGUGUCCGCAUCAACAAGCGCAUCCUGGCCCUCUGCAUGGGCAACCACGAGCUGUACAUGCGUCGCCGCAAGCCGGACACCAUCGAUGUGCAGCAGAUGAAGGCGCAGGCGCGCGAGGAGAAGAAUGCCAAACAGCAGGAACGUGAGAAGCUGCAGCUGGCGCUGGCCGCACGCGAACGUGCUGAAAAGAAGCAGCAGGAGUACGAGGAUCGGCUAAAGCAGAUGCAGGAGGACAUGGAGCGUUCGCAGCGCGACCUGCUUGAGGCGCAGGACAUGAUCCGCCGUCUGGAGGAGCAGCUGAAGCAGCUGCAGGCCGCCAAGGAUGAGCUGGAGCUGCGCCAGAAGGAGCUGCAGGCGAUGCUGCAGCGUCUCGAGGAGGCCAAGAACAUGGAGGCCGUCGAGAAGCUGAAGCUCGAGGAGGAGAUCAUGGCCAAGCAGAUGGAGGUGCAGCGCAUCCAGGACGAGGUCAACGCCAAGGACGAGGAGACAAAGCGUCUGCAGGACGAAGUGGAAGACGCCCGACGCAAGCAGGUCAUUGCGGCCGAAGCCGCUGCCGCUCUGCUGGCCGCGUCGACAACGCCGCAGCACCACCACGUGGCCGAGGAUGAGAACGAGAACGAGGAGGAGCUGACGAACGGCGACGCCGGUGGCGAUGUGUCGCGCGACCUGGACACCGACGAGCAUAUCAAGGACCCCAUCGAGGACAGACGCACGCUGGCCGAGCGCAACGAGCGCUUGCACGAUCAGCUCAAGGCUCUGAAACAAGAUCUGGCGCAGUCUCGUGACGAGACGAAAGAGACGGCAAACGAUAAGAUCCAUCGCGAGAACGUUCGCCAGGGACGUGACAAGUACAAGACGCUCCGCGAGAUCCGCAAGGGCAACACAAAGCGUCGCGUCGAUCAGUUCGAGAACAUGUAAAGCUAUUGCCUUUCGGACGGGCCGGAUCAGAGAUCGAUAGUGCGAGAGAGAUGGAGAGGGAGCGGUGUCUCCAGAAAGAAAAAGAAAAAGAUAUAACUACAGCAUAAUAAUGAUGAUGAUAACGAAGAUGAUGAUGAUGAUGAUGAAGAAGCAACAAAUAUAAUUCCGGUCGCUGGCACAGCCUAUUGCUACUAUCCCCCCAGCGACGACCCUUUUCCACCCAUAAGAACUUCCUGCCUCCUAAGUGAAUUGAAAUGAAAUCUACACUUUGUUUGACCGCCGUUUUGUCUCGCAGCUUUUGUAUAGAAGAAUCAAGAAGCAAGAAAAAGAAAUAAAAAUAUAAAUCAAUGGAAAACAAUUCAGUCAGACACAAAACACACUCAUCCAUAUGAAUAACAUGAGAAACGGUGGGGAAGAAGGACCACAUCUAUAUGGACAAUCAGCAAAUGAAAGGAUCAAGCUAUCGGAAAAUAUGUCUAAAUCCAAGCAGAAGCAAUAGAAAAUAUACAUUUCUCCUUUUCCCAAUGGAUUCAUAGAGAAAACGGAACGAAUAGUAAUAGAUAUUGAAAA